CUCAUUGUUGUUGAUGUAAUGGUGUCGGUGUUGACUACGCAAACAAAUGCCCAACCGUAGGAGUAGUAGUACUAUUAAUUUGUCUGAAGCUCCCAACUGAAUUGAUCAGAGUAGAAAAAGACGCAUCAAAUUGCUGUGCCCGAUCCGAGUAGUUAGUAGAUUUGUUCAAAUUCCACUCUCAAAUCGGAUCUGGUGAGGAGAAAUAAUUACUAAGAGCAAUCUCAAAAACACAGAGAGAGAGAGAGAGAGAGAGAGAGAGAGAGAGAGAGAGAGAGAGAGAGAGAGAAUUGGAAUGAAUGUUGGGCGAUCAACGGAUCCAAUUGGGGAAAAGAAAGGAAAAUAUUACGAAUUUCUUGGAUCGGCUCCCCGAACGAGAAAGCAGAGCUAAACUUGCAUAUUUUCCCUCAUAUUCGUGCAAAAGUCAACAUUGUUAGAAUUUGUUGUUAUAGUCUCGAUCUUGCAUUGAAUAACUCGAUAUAACUACCAUUACAUAUUUGCUGCCGUAAUAUUUUUUAUAGGCGAAAGCCAGUAUUAUUAGAAUAGCUAGAUUUAUUGUUGUACUUUGGAUUUUGCAUUCAAAUCGACUUUUAAAACCCGAUAUAAUUAGAUUUCAUAUAUACUGAGGGAGGGGUAUAUAGAGGUAGCUGUUUAGAAUGAGCAAGGAACCUGUGAAACUAGACGACGAGCAGCUGGCAGAGUUGCGAGAAAUCUUCCGGUCGUUCGACCGGAACAACGAUGGUAGCCUAACUCAGCUCGAACUCGGAUCCCUACUCAGAUCACUGGGUCUGAAACCGAGUCCCGACCAGCUCGAAACCCUGAUACAGAAAGCGGACACCAACAGCAACGGCCUGGUGGAGUUCUCGGAGUUCGUGUCGCUGGUGGCGCCAGAGCUCCUCCCGGCCAAGUCCCCCUACACGGAGGAGCAACUGGUGCAGCUGUUUCGGAUGUUCGACCGCGACGGGAACGGGUACAUCACCGCGGCGGAGCUGGCUCACUCGAUGGCGAAGCUGGGGCACGCUUUGAAUGCGGAGGAGCUGACGGGGAUGAUCAGAGAGGCGGAUACGGAUGGGGAUGGUCGGAUUAGCUUUCAGGAGUUUUCUCAGGCGAUUACUUCUGCUGCUUUUGAUAAUUCUUGGGCUUGAACUACUAUUGGAAUCCUCAGGUUAGACCAUAUCAUGGUCCCAAGUCUGUUGGCCGGUAUAUAUAUCGUUCAAGCACAUAAAAAUGCAUAAAGUCUUGACAUUGUUAGUGCUCAUUCUACUCAAAGCCACAAACCCAAUUUUGCAUCUUAGAAAUUGCAAGAGCUAAACGUUCAUGGGGAUACUGUUCUUGUUCUCCUCGGUGUGAGAUUUGAGGGUUUUUUUUUUUUUUUUUUUCCCUUCAUGGUAGUUCAAUUUUCUUAUAAGAGCAUCAGUGUACUUGAUCUCUUCAGUGAUUUGAAUGUCUCAGCCACCAUUUCAUAGAAACACACUGCUGCUCCUUUGGUUGGUUGAUGAUUUUCUUGACGACAAACCUAUUUUGAUAUUUUGGCAGGGCAUAUUUGAUAUUU